GCUUGAGCCAUCCACUCCCGCACCUUCUCCUGCCCACGCCUCGCAGCACAUUCGACAUGAAAGCCUCUUCACUCCUACUAUCCCUCGCGGCCGCCGCCAUUGGCAGCGCCCAGGACUGCUCACAGUCCUCGGAGCCCUACUACAACAUUACCUCGAAGCCCUUCUACCUGGUGGUCACAUCCGACGACGGCACAGUCAACUCGACGCUGAGCGCCUGUCACGUUGGCGCUGCGCUCGAGUCCCUCUGCCUCAGCAGCGCCAAAGCCGGCGACAGCCCUGCUGAACUGCCCGCCACUACAUUCCAAUUCAACACGUCCAUCUACUCGCAGGCGCCCGACCCCUCGCUGGGCGUCCCGGGCAUCCUGACGUGGACGCUCCAAACGAGCACCCUGAACGUCUCGUCGUCGGCUGCCUUCAACUACGACAUUACCUCGAACCUGGCCGUGCCGAUCCUCAGCCCAGGGAGCGACCAGCCUACGCUCGUGGCGUUCGAUUCCUGCGAUGAUCUGGCCAUCCAGGCCUAUGUGCCCGGCAAGAAUGACACACAGGGUGUCACCAAGGCCUUCAACCGCUGGUACGCUUGCAACACGACCUAUACUAGCUACACGUACACCAAUCUCGCGUGGGGUCUGGGCAAGGGAGCGCCUGACAAUGAGAGUUGUGUCAAGGUUAAUGUGAUGAGGGUGUUUGCAUAGGCUGUAUGAAGCAACGAUGAUAAUGCUAAUGUAUUAUGAAGUAGAUAGUAUUAAUCAGUAAUUCACUCCUUAUCCAAG